AUGAAGUUACAACCCUAUGUGGGUGAUGUCGCUCGAAUGACACUAUCAUUGCCUAGACCAUGGGCAGUGCGCGCCGGUCAACGCAUCAACCUGGGUGUUCCUUCCGUAGGACUUUUUUAUCUUUUUCAGUCACACCCAUUUACUAUCACCUGGUGGGAGAGUGAUAUCAAUGGCCGGGCGGUUUCAAUCUCAAUUCUGCUUCGUCCCCGUUCCGGUUUCACAAAGAGACUCUUUGAUCGCAUUGAGCCAAACAGAGACUUCGGAGGUUGGAUUGAUGGCCCGUUUGGCCCGUCGUCUGUUAACUGGAGGUUAAACAGCAAAGUCGGCGACUAUGGACAUAUCUUUUUAGUUGCUACCGGUAUCGGUAUCGCAGCUCAGUUGCCAUAUAUUAAGGAGCUUCUCGAUGGCCAUGAAAAGGCCCAAAUAUGCACACAGAGGAUCUCGCUCGUCUGGCAGUUAGAUAGGGUUGGUGAUUACGAGAGUGCGCGAGACUUACUACAGGUCCUCGUUAGGCAAGAUAAUGGAUACGUUAGUACCCGCUUCUGUAUUAAGGAUGCCAUUUACUUACGCUAG